AUGGCCACGAGAGACUUGCCACAUUCUUUAAAGAUGGCAGGUUGCAGACCGUCUGGAUUAGGACAAUAUCGUCCGCGUAUUCAAUGUCCCCGGAGCAUUCCAACUCCUGAGGUUUCAGAAGCAUGCAGAGAAAGUUCCGGUAGUACAUCAAUAACAAAGAGGAAAGUUGAGAGAGGACGUGGUGAACUCAGGUGA